UGCACUCCAUCUUCUCCUUCUCUCCGGUCCCUUCCUCCAGGCAAUCUUCUUAUUCCCCGACGACGGAGAGCAGGCCUCUGUCGUAUACACGUCUCUUCAUUUCACUAGAGUCUGGACAACCUUGACUCACGUUUCGACAUCCUAAUCCUACCAUGGCCCACUUCACCUCUUCGCCCUUCCACAAGCCUUCUCCGUUUGAGUUUCCGCAGCACCUUGGGACCUCAGACAGCCCAAAAGUCAACCUUUGCCGGCUCAUUCGCUGCCUACUCCUGCGUCGACCAGUGUCAUUGGAGGGCAGGAUUUUCACUCUGGGGACUAUUUUGAGACACCUACUGCCUCGGUUAGUGCAACUGAGGGACCUGGUUCGCGGUUCCGUCGCGCCGCCUCGUCCAUUGUGUACCACAACAGCAACCUGCGGGAGUCCCGGGAACGGACAGUUCAGCGCAGUUCUCGGUCAUUCUUGGUAGUGAUACCGCCUGCGUCGUUAUCGCAGCAACAUGGGACUCUGGGACAUACACUCUCCUCUGGGCCCCGGCAUCGGCUGUCCCAGGGUUUGCUGAUGCCCUUGUUUCCUACGAUGUUCGCUCAGCUUACGGCCAUUGCGCGGGAGUUCAGCUUCCCGAGCACGACCGGUCUGUGCUUGUAUGUGCACUACACUGAGCAUGGGACAACUGUCACCCCUCGCAUCGCCGAUGACUCUUGGCAAAUGAUCUGGGCCCAUGCUCUUGAUCCAGCGUCAGCCAAUCCCCAGCCCGGGCUGCCCAUCUGUGGGAAAGUGGAAUUCGACAUUGAUAUGCGGUUGGCGCGUUGGUACGGGGCUUGGCUCGCAUCUUCGCAUCGCGAACAAGUGGAUGUCCCGAUGUCGGUGACGCCGUCGGCCCCACCGUCGAUCGUCCACUACCGGGAGGAGAGCGGGACGACCUUUGGGGAUGGAGAUGACCAGGAGUCGGUGGCUGUUACCCCAGCUCGGCGCUCGCGCCAUGUCCCUCGCAAGCUGUCGUUGGUGGAUCGGUUCGACGUGAUGUCAAAUCGCUCGGUGACUCGUUCGUUGCAUCCUCGGUUGUCUCCACCGGAACAGCCGCCAGCCCAAAAUCUGACGCCGAUACAACAAGAAGACGAGCCGCAGACAGCCAAAUACGAUCUCGAGCGACGGGUCAAGUCGUGGCGCGCAAGUGCGACUGUGCUGCCUGCUGUUGCGGCUGAGGUUCUCUUGGCUGGCGCCACUCUGCCGGUCUCGCCUUUCAAUGACAGUUCCAUUCCGGCUCCGGCGGAAGAGCGCGAGGAAGAGGAGUUCAGGUUGGAAGACUACGCGUUUUCGGUAUCAUCCGCUGGCCCUGGGGACUACGACCCCUAUUCUCCGCUGGACUGGUACUACGACCCGUCCCUUCACAUGGGCCAGCGCGCGGCUGGGUCUGUAUGCUUGACUCCGACGACGCGGACUUCAUUCGGGCCCUCUGAUUACACGCUGUCUCCGUAUCAGGAAGAGUUCGACCGGGAUCUAGUGUAUACACCUGAUAUCGCCCAGCGCAUGUUGGAAGAUGUGCCACCAACACCGUCCGUCGCCACCAGCUGGGGUGCACCGACUCGACCGACGUCACCGAUAUUGCUCGAAUCUUACGUACCGUCGGUCCAUCUCGGUGACCGGCAAGAGUUCAGCAGGCCGGUCACGCCGAUGACGGCUACUUCAUGGGGUGCACCGUCUCGGCCCACAUCCCCCAUGUUUCUCCGUCCGUACGUACCGUCGGUCCACCUCGGCGACAGACAGGAGUUCAGCAGGCCAGUGACCCCGAUGACCGCGACGUCGUGGGGCGCGCCGGAGUACCUGCCGUCUGGCCCUCCGACGCCGAUCCGCGUGACCACGCCCGACGCUGGGGAGCGGUCGUUUGAUGCGCAUGACCAUCGGGCUCAGCCGUGGAACCUCAUUUGGCCUGCAGUUGAGGGUGCGUUGCCGGCCGUUGGAGCUUGGGGUAUGGUGUGGCCGAGUCACGGAUUGGAACAAACAGCCGCGUGAAACUGAACCGUGGAACAUGGUGUGGCCGGCCCAUGGGAUUGCGCAAGAACAGCCUCGUCAGGCUGGCGCAUGGAACAUGGUCUGGCCGAGUCAUGGAUUGGAGCAAGGACGGCCGCGUGAAGCUGGUCCGUGGAACAUGGUCUGGCCGAGCCAUGGACUGGACCAAGAGCAGCAGCGCGAGGCUGGUCCGUGGAACAUGGUAUGGCCAGCCCAUGGGCUACAACACCCUGCGCCUGAGGUUCCCUGGAGCUCGGUUUGGCCCUUCCACACACAUCAGGACACGGUGAAACCUUGGAGCAUGGUCUGGCCGUUCCACAGUGUUGCUUUCAACACUGCUUCCCUUUCUACUGCGUUGCCGUCAAACUAUCCUCGCUUCAAUCUGUAUCCUGCGGUCUACCCCCACUUCAACCUGUACCCUGCAGUGUAUGAGGAACGGGUUCCACAGGGGAGGGGCUAUCCUCAUUUCGAUCUCUACCCCGCUAUUUCGAGCAAGCCAGCUGCUGCUCCCUUGGCCAAACCUGUGACUCUCGAACUUCCGACAUCGUACCCGGCGUUCAAACUGUGCAAGUUUUAUGCAGCAUCUGUUCAGCACUGUUACUGACUCUGCGACAGACCCUGCCGUUUAUCCUGACAAUCUGGACGAGAUCUACCCGGUCACGACUAGUGCUCCGACAGCGAGGGAACGAAGCAGAGGGCCUGUGAAGAUUCUGCCUACGCUGCAAUAUCCCGACUUCAACCUCUACCCGGUGUACCCAGCAAACCUUGCGGCCAUUUAUCCCGUUGAACAGACCCAAUCGGCCAGCGAGAUCUCUGUUGCUGUCGCGGCGGUGUAUCCUUUCUUCGAGCUCUAUGCUGCAGUAUAUCCGUAUGUUGCGCCGUACCCGGGAGUGGCAGUCGAGAUGGAGGUGGCCACUUAUCCUCUGCUCGUGGCCAAAUCGACGGGCUCCAGCCCUGCUCCUAUUCAAGUUAGACUGCCCGCCGUCUAUCCCAACAUUGAGAUUUGUCAGCUGGUCAUUUUUUCUGUUAUUUUCAGUCUGACGUGUAUCAGACCCAGCGCUAUACCCAGCCAGCAUGAAGGAGAUCUAUCCUGUCGUUGGGUCGACCUCGUCUUCGGAGGUUUCUGUGUCGCUGAGCAUGAGCUAUCCGUUCUUCGACAUCUAUCCGGCUGCUUACCCGCAUAUCGCACCGUACCCGGUCGCUCAACUCGAUGCUGUGACCUCGAAGCAGCGAACAGGCUACCCUCACUUUGAUCUUUAUCCUGCUGUCAUGCCCGCUUACGAUGCUGCUGCUGCCGCUGGCGCCGUUACGUCCGCGUUAGCUGCAGUUGUCUUGACUAAGGCAAUCCUCGACAAGCCGAUCCCGAUCAUGGAGUCGACUAGUGUGACUGGAUCUGGUUACCCUUACUUCGAUCUCUAUCCUGCCAACUAUGCGACGGCCAAGUCAGACGGAGGUUUCACGGUCGAUUUGCCGAGCCGGUAUCCCUGUCUCGUGAUCUAUCGCCCGGUGUACCCAGCUCUCGAAAUCUAUCCGGCAGUUCCUAAGAGGAGAAACGCUGAACGGGGCGUUGACGUUGUCCUCGCAGUCGCGUACCCGUGCUUCGAUAUCUAUCCCGCUGUCUAUCCUGCUUUUGACAUCUAUCGUUCUAUUCCACACGACUGCGUUUCGAGUUCAACGCGCGGUGUUACUAUUAGACUUACUGCCGAGUACCCUGCUUUCGAAAUAUAUCCUGAUGUUUACCCUGCUCUCGAGAUUUACCCUUCUGUCCCCAAAGUCUGUGGUUCGAGAUCUGAGUCUCGGGGCAUCUCAGUACGGCUGACUCCGUCGUAUCCAUAUUUCGACCUUUAUCCAGCGACGUAUCCUUACUUCAGUCUGUGGCCCACGACGAUAGGUGAAAUCGCCGCAUCGGUUCGAGCGGACACAGUCCAGCCUCGUGAGCGGAGGCAGAGCAGAUUCACAAGCGCCGACCUGGCUUCACUCAUCAGACAUUCGCGAACACCCGAAAAACAGAAUUCGGCGGUCGAUUUCAGGGCCAAGACUCCUGUCAUCUUCGAGGUUGAGGCGCCCAGUGUCGUUAUCGAGGCACCGAUCCCUGUGGCCGAGGCACCGACACUCUCUACACCGCGCACCCAUCUUGAUCUUCAUCGACUGAUAUUCUCCGAUGAGGUGUCCACCCCCAGCGGAACCUUCCGUCGCCCUAACAAAACACACUUGGAGCUCCACAACCAAGUGUUUUCGAAUGAUGUCCAACGUACAGCUCAGUCCCCAGCUGAGCCCAGGGUGGAUCCUACUCCGUCUCCGAGCCGGAUUGCAGCCCCCACUGCCCGCCUGCGUGUAGGUUCAGUGAUGCGCGCCAGCCUUCCGCCCUCCCCGAGACCUGUCGGAGCCCGGCCCCGGUCCCCGAUUUCCCGUUCACCGAUUGGCAGGACACCGCCUGCGCUGCCACAGCCCAACCUGCCCUUGCCUCUUCCGCCAGCAUCGUCCCCCCUGAACACCACAUCUUCGAUUCCCAUCCCCCGGCCGCACGCAUUCGGAGCUCGGCCGAGUCCCCGGCCGAUGUCGGUAGCAUCGCCAGAUGGUCCUCGCCGCUCGUAUUCGACGUCAGCGCGCAGCAGUGCGGCCCCCGACUCGAUGCUGCGUAACGACGGACCCCCGCUGAGUCGCUCGUCGUCUCUGAUGCUCCCGCGCAAGAUGUCGACGAUCGGGAGGUCACCGGAUGCCGUUGACCAGGUUUUGCCAUCUCCACCCAGGAGACGGGAGAGCUUGGUCGCUCAGCGCGUUAGAGCUUUCCAGAACCAGGAACCCAUUCAGCCAACGAUCCUAGAGGAUGGUUUGUCCGACUUUCCGAUGCCGCCAAGGAGUGUCCCCCAGCCUAUGCGGAGGCCCAUAUCGUAAUCCCAAGUAGUAGGACAUGUACCAUGCUGGAUCAUAUUGUAUUUAUUCUUAUUCAUACAAACAACCAUGUGAUCAUGCACCCACCAUUUCACAAUCUAAUCUAAUCUUUC